AUGGGCUUCUUGAAGUCUUUGGGCGAGACGGCCGACAAGGUGGCAUUGUCUGUUACAAACACAAUGGCUGAUAGCCGCUCUUAUCAUUCCGAUGGCCCUGAUUGUGUCGCAGCAAGUAGUGUCCCUCGGAAUUCCAAGGGACAACGAGACCCUCCUCCGCGCAUAUCCAAGAUGACCUGGGCAGAAACUCUUGAGGCGGAGAAGGCAACCAAAGAGAAGCAAGCCGCCCUUGGCAAAUGA